AGCCCGGGAAAAAUAUCGAGUCCCACGGGUGACGUUUAUUCUUUGUGCAAUUUCACAACAUCGGAAAAUUCGCGUUUUUACCCUUUUCCAAGGUAAGAUGUCGUCCCCGUGGAAGACAGUGGCAGCUCCAGAGCCAGUUAAUUUUGCUGACAUUAUGUCAGAGGAGCUGGCCAGGGAGCUGCAGGAUAAGGAGAAUGAGAAAUUUGGGAGGCAGCUGUUUAAGGAAUUGUCGACGGCUAAAGAGCCAGAUCCUGGGGAAGCAUCAGCAUUGCCUGAGGAAGUCUUGAAGGCUCUGACAGAAGGAGCUUCAGGUGUUGGUGAUCACUGUGAUUCCGACGCAAUAAUUGCCCAAGUGCUCCAGGCACAGUUUGACCAGGAGUACGAUCAGGAGCUGAAAAAGGUGGAGCAGCAUCAAAAUGCCAAGGUAAAGGUGUCUUAUAAGAAUUUCAGGAUAAUUCCUGAGGAGUUAGCAUGUGAAGAGGAGAAGAGGGAAGAGCUCGAGGAUAAGAAGCAUUGGGAUAGGUUUGAGACGAUGGAAAAGGAGUAUGGAUCAUUUCCAAAAUGUGGAUAUAAGCAGGAUGAGGAGGGGAAUACUGUGACUAAGCAUAAUGCCAGGAUGGCUGGGAUUAGGAAUGCCUGCAGGGUUAUGUCUUUUCCUCCGGAAUUCCCGACAGGGGAUGGAGCAGGAUUUGACAUGCAACUGUCCAAUGAGGUUUACAACCACCUGAAGAGCUACAGCAGGAAGGGGAAGAGGAAUAAGAUGCAUGACAGGAAGGAGGAAGUAGCAACAGCUGAGAUGGGCCUCGAUGAGCCAACCAGGAUGAUUCUCUACAAAUUUGUGUCCAAUCAGGUUCUGGAGAGGAUCAAUGGGAUUAUUUCCACGGGAAAGGAAGCCCUGAUCCUGCAUGCUGAGGCUGACACAAAUUAUUCCGGAGAACUCUCAAUUCCGCCAGAGUGCGCAGUCAAAAUCUUCAAGACAACUUUGAAUGAAUUCAAACAGAGGGAUCGAUACAUCAAGGAUGAUUUCCGUUUCCGGGAUCGCUUUUCGAAGCAAAAUGCCCGGACGGUGAUUCACCAAUGGGCUGAGAAGGAGAUGCACAAUCUCAUGAGGAUGCGCAGGGCAGAGAUCCCGUGUCCGGAAGUUGUUACCUUGAAAAAGCACGUUCUAGUGAUGUCCUUUAUUGGGCAUCAGGGCAGAGCUGCCCCGAAGCUCAAGGAAGCAGUUUUGUCAGAAGCCGAAUGGAUUGUUGCCUAUGAGGAAGUCAUCGAAGCCAUGAAGCUUCUCUAUUCCCAAGCCAAGCUCAUCCAUGCCGAUCUCUCGGAAUACAAUAUUCUGUAUCACGAGGGGAAGUGCUACCUCAUCGAUGUGGCUCAAUCUGUUGAGCCUGGGCAUCCAAGUGCUCUGGAAUUUCUCAUGAGGGACUGCAGCAACAUCUCGGAUUUCUUCGAUAGGCGCGGAGUUCCGGGAGUGGCUUCCAAGGAGGAACUCUUUGCUUCCAUCACUGGCCUCGAUCCCAGUGUCCACAAUGCAGCCAUGCUGGAGAGGCUCCACAACAAGGGAGUGCCUGAGCACGUGGCCACGAAUCAGGGAGUGCUCGGGGAGGAGGAUGAAGCAGGAGCUUCUGCCAGAUGGCAGCACAAAUCACUGCCAUAUCCCUUCGAUUAUGCCUGGGAGAAAUCCCUGGAGGCCAAACGGCAGGAAGCCCCACUUCCAGCUCAGCUCGAUCCCAUCGUUCAGGAAGACGAAGUCACUGUUCAAGCCUGAGUCUUCGCAACGGAAUAAACCUAACGUUACUCUGAUAUUGAAAUAUAUUUAUUCGAUCGAGCACAAAAA